CAAACACUCGGAUUUAAUUUUUAAAAAUGGUUUUAUAGAUUUGAUUUGACUGUAAAAACAGAAAUCGCAGAAAUCGUUCCCCUCUCUGGGCGACUGUUACAUAACCUUAGUCGGGUUGUUUCUUUUCAACUGUUUAUAUUUUUUGGAUUUAAGUUCUUCGAGUUCUUAGUUCGUCCGGAUGACUCGUCACGCGAGAAAUUGCACGGCAGGCGCCGUUUACACCUACCACGAAAAGAAAAAAGAUGCGAACGCGUCUGGCUACGGCACGGAAAAUCGCCGAGUCGGAAAGGAUUCCAUCAAAGAUUUCGAUUCUUGCUGCCUGACGCUCCAGCCUUGUGCCAAUCCGGUCAUUACAACAGAUGGAUAUCUGUUUGACAAAGAGGCGAUACUUCAGUACAUUAUUUCCAAGAAGAAUGAAAUCAGCAGAAAAAUGAAGGAAUAUGAAAAGCAAAAGAAAAAGGAAGAGACUGAAUUGGCUGAACUGGCUGAUGCGGAAUGGCAGUCGAAGGUUGAAAAUUUUCUCAAGACGGAAAAAAACAUUGUGAGCAGUUCUCAUACUUCAUUAUCAAAAGAUAAAGAUAAAAAUGAUGCUUCUGUUUCAAAUAUGGCUGCUGGAAGGGACAAACAACUUCCCAGUUUUUGGAUCCCUUCUAAGACCCCUAAUGUCAAAGCAAAGAAAAUAGAAAAACCUGAUAAAACUGUACUUUGUCCAAUGACGGGGAAACCGUUGAGAAUGAAGGAUUUAAUCGAUGUCAAAUUUACGUUCGUCAAUGAUCCUGACGACAAGAAGUCGCUGAUUUUAAAGUCUAACAGAUACAUGUGCGCAGUUACUCACGACAUUUUGAGCAAUUCAGUCCCCUGCGCUGUUCUCAAGCCUACAGGUCAUGUUGUGACCAUGGAAUGCGUUGAAAAACUCAUCAAGAAGGACAUGAUACACCCGUUGACAGGGGAACCAUUAAAAGAAACUGAUAUAAUACCUAUGCAAAGGGGUGGUACUGGGUAUGCGUACACAAACUCCAACUUGGAAGGGAAAUACGAAAGACCUGUUCUUCAAGCUUAAAAAGAAUUUUUUCGUGUUUGUUCAAACACUUGUAUAUUAUUCAAAUUUAACUUAUUUGGAGUUUUAUUAUAAGCAAGAUUGAUAAUUUAAUUUAAUUAAAUAACAAAU